AUGGAUCCUACCCUCCAAACUUCAUCAAACGAUCAGCUACCUAAAAGUUCAUCAAACCAGGAGCUGAAUCAGCUUCCUAGAGAAAAGUUUUGGGAAGUCAUUGAUAUCUACAGAUGGGAAGAAUUUUGGUGCAGUUCUACAGAAAUAGAACGCAUAUCAGCCUUCCAGUCCCACUUCCAAGCAGAUGAUAACGAUGUCAUCAUAGCUUCCUCCUUGAAAACUGGCACCACUUGGCUUAAGGCCGUUUGCGUUUCCAUCAUCCAUGGAGAUUCAGAUGAUGAAGACCUUCUUAUUAAAGGUGUUCCUCAUGCUUAUGCACCUAACUUAGAGAAUCAGAUCUACCAAGAUAGUUUGCAUCCUGAUCUAUCAUCUGCAGCUCUAGAAAGCUUGAAAAUGCCUCACAAGAUACUCUUCUUGAAGUAUGAAGAUCUCAAAAGCAACCCUAUAGAGGAAGCCAAGAAGCUAGCUUCGUUUCUUGGAAAACCAUUCCAUGAGGAUGAGGAUGUCCAAAAGGUGAUGCAGAGGUGCAGUUUGGAUAGGCUUAAGAACUUGGCUGUGACCAAGAACGGUAUGACUUCAAAGGUCCCAAAUAGUUUCUUUUACAGGUUGGGUACGGUUGGAGAUUGGAAGAAUUACUUGACACCUGAGAUGAGCGAACGCCUGGAUCAUAUUACACGAAUGAAACUACAAAGCUCAGGCCUUGAUCUCCAGAACUGA